AGGUCUUUGCAACGCCCGACGCGAUUUCUGCUUUGCAAACCCGGAGUCAGGUUUAAAUCUGCAAACGGAAGCCGGGCGCCUGGAGACGCAGCAACAUGGAUAACAAUUCGGGUGGCGUGAUCCUGUACGUGGGCUCCACAGCCGGCUCCAGCCCCACCCCGGGCAGCCCCCCCAGUGGAUACCUGGUGCCUUCGCCUCAACACUCACUACCAUCCUCGCUGGAAGAGCUGACCCUUACAGAGAUCGGGGCUAUUAAGCCUCAACGGGCCAGCUCCCCGUCCUCGCCCAAGGUAGCCUUCCAGUUCCCCGAGGGGAUCCGCUACCCCAGCAAGGGCCAGUCGCCCCCAACGCAGAGCAGGGUAUCCGCUGCCAAACAGAACGGAGCCACCGGCACUUUCACAAAGACAGGUGGGAUGGUGCUGCUCUGCAAGGUCUGCGGUGACAUUGCCUCCGGCUUCCACUAUGGCGUCCAUGCUUGUGAGGGAUGCAAGGGGUUCUUUCGCAGGAGCAUUCAGCAGAACAUCAACUACAAGAUGUGUGUGAAGAACGAAAACUGCAUGAUCAUGAGGAUGAACCGCAACCGCUGCCAGCACUGCCGCUUCAAGAAGUGCCUGGCGGUAGGCAUGUCAAGAGAUGCUGUGCGCUUUGGGCGCAUUCCUAAACGGGAGAAGCAGCGCUUGCUGGAUGAGAUGCAGAGCUACAUGAACAGCCUGAACGAGGCCCCCAUGGACGUUGGUAUGAGCCCCGAGGCGGACGCCGCCCCACCCAGCCCCAACGCCCAGGAAGAGGAGGCCAUCAGUGCCAUCUCGAGAGCUUACCACGACAUCUUCGUGAGUGGCCAGGACCGCCUGGGCAAGCAGGGGGGGUCCCCCGGGAGCGAGGCCUGCCCUUUGACCAACUACAACGACCAGCAGCUGAACAACUCCUACGGCUAUGGGCAAUAUGAGUCGGCCACUCUGCGCGUGUCCAGCUACGGCCCCCAGGAGCCCCCCGGCUUCGUGGACAACGGCUCCCGGUGCUUCGGCAACGAGAUCUUCAAGGCCCAGCAGGCCGGCUAUCUGCACAAUGCCGGAUGCUACCCAGCCUUUGAGUACGGCUAUCCCGAAGCAAACACCCAGAGGGGCUGCCCCUGGCGGGGUACUACUAGUCGAGGCAUCGCUUGUCCUCUGAAUGCCACCCCCUAUUGCAGCAACGGCAAGAGCAGCCAGCAAGUGUGGGAGGAAUUUUCGCAGUGCUUCACGCCAGCCGUCAAGGAGGUGGUGGAGUUUGCCAAGAGCAUCCCCGGGUUCCAGUCACUCUGCCAGCAAGACCAAGUCAUGCUGCUGAAAGCAGGCACUUUCCAGGUGCUGAUGGUUCGCUUCUCCUCCCUGUUCAGCCCCAAGGAGAAGGUGGUGACCUUCCUGAGUGGGGAGACAUACUCGCUCUGCAGCCUACGCACCAUGGGCAUGGGCUCCCUGCUGGACGCCAUGUUUGAGUUCAGCGAGAAGCUCAGUUCCCUGGACUUGGACACACAGGAAAUGGCGCUCUUCAUGGCCGUAGUCCUGGUCUCAGCGGAUCGCUCUGGCAUCUCUGAUGUGGAUGCAGUCGAAAUCCUCCAGGAGACUUUAAUCCGGGCCUUGCGGACUCUCGUGACUAAGAAGCACCCGGACGACUCCACGCUUUUCCCCAAGCUGCUCCUUCGCCUGCCUGACCUGAGAACCCUCAACAACCAGCAUUCAGAGAAACUCCUUGCCUUCCGGAUCAACCCGUAAGCCUGCUGGACUGGACGGCUUCUGAAACCCUACGAGUUUUGGGGAAGAAGAACCAAGAAUCAACCAUCAAGCAAACUUAAUGCAUCGGACUAAAUUUUGCUCCAUGGGGAGAAGAUGGUGACGGUGAAAGGAGAGGAGCAUAAGGGAUCCGGCAAGGGAGGGGAGCCCAUAGCCCAUCACAGCUGGGAUCUACUAGAGCGGAUCCCUCCCUGGCGCGGAGACCAGACACAGGACGAAGGGUUUGUUUCCCAGAUAGUGCUCUCCGUGGCGCUGUGCAGAUUGAAGAUCAUUUAUUUUGCUAGAGGAGAUCAGGCAAACGAGCUGGACACGCGUUGUACCGUGGUUUUUUUCCAAUUGUGUGCUGAUAUAUAUAUGUAUAUAUUUAUAUACAUAUAUAUAUACACAGUACAUGCAUAUAUAACUUACUUUCCAUGUGAUAUUGUGUUGAAGUUCUGUAUAUAAAAACACUGGGCUUAUUGUACGUAAUUAUAAUAACUCUUGGUAGCGCUUUGUGGGGUGGGUGGGGGAGAGGAGGAAAAAAGGACAAACUGAUAAGGCGAAUGCCGCAACUUGAGCUCCUUUCCUUUUAUCUGCAUGCUACCGCAGCCCCAGGACUCAAGCUCCCCCCGCACUUCUUCUUCGGAAUUCCUUUCUUUGGGGUGGGGAGUUUGCUCUGUUUCGUUGCUGCUCUUUCCCGAAGAAGGGAUCGCACACACAGAACUAAUUGCUAUACUGUCUUUUAAGAUGUUCAGUUUAUGCUAUACAGACUUUACCGGAUAGGUGUUAUGUUCAGAUGCGUAAAGUAGAACUGCUCAAUUUGGGCCCCUUUUCCACCUCCAACCCUGCAACUGAGCAAGUCCUCUUUGUCACGCCUGACACAAGUGUCUAUGUCAGUAUAAUAUAUAUAUUUUGUAAAUGUUGCAAGCAAAAACACAAAAGGGGCUUCCACUAGUACACAGGUCAGACUUGCUCUCAACUCUCCGAGGUGGCCAUAACACGCUAGGAAGGCUGUUGGCCCCAUGGUGUGGGAAGAGGACUGCUGCGAAGGGGCUAAGGCUGCCAUCCUUAACCUUGCUUACCUGGGAGUAAGCCCCAUUGACUUUGGGAGGGCUAAAUUCUGAGCAG